CGGGUGCACACGGGAGAACGGCCCUUCGACUGCUCGGACUGCGGCAAGAGUUUCAAGACGGCGGAUGUCCUGGAGACCCACCGGCGGUUGCACACGGGCGAGAAGCCCUAUGGCUGCUCCACAUGUGGCAAGAACUUUGCCUUGUUGUCUGGGCUACGGCAGCACCGGCAGUUGCACACGGGCGAGAAGCCCCAUGUCUGCUCCACCUGCGGCAAGAGCUUUGCCCGGGUGUCGGCGCUGUGGGUGCACCAGCGGGUGCACAGCAGUGAGUGGCCCUUCACCUGCUCCGACUGUGGCAAAGGCUUCAAGUCGUCCAGGGAACUGAAGGUGCACAGGCACGUGCACACCAGCGAGCGCCCUUACACCUGUAGCGACUGCGGCAAGGGCUUCACCCAGUACAGCGGCCUGCUGGAUCACCAGCACACCCACACCGGCGAGCGCCCCUACACCUGCGCCCAAUGCGGCAAGGGCUUCCCAACCUCCACCAGGCUGCUGAAUCACCAGCGCACCCACACCGGCGAGCGCCCCUACACCUGCGCCCACUGCGGCAAGGGCUUCACCCUCUCCAGCAGCCUGCAGAGGCACCAGCGCGCCCACACUGGCGAACGCCCCUUCACCUGUGCCCAGUGCGGCAAGGGCUUCACCCAGUCCAGCGCCCUGCUGGAGCACCAGCGCACCCACACUGGCGAACGCCCCUUCACCUGUGCCUAGUGCGGCAAGGGCUUCAUCUG